AUGUCUAAAACGGACCGCUUUGCUCAGAAAGUCGCGUCUGAUACACUCCCGCGAGGUUACUUGGUUGCUAGCACGUAUGCGGGUAUCAAAAAGGCGAUCAGCCCUGCUCCCGCUAGCACAGAUGCCACUCCCAAGGUGGAGCCAAAGCCUGACUUGUCUUUGAUUGUGUCGAGUGUACCUGCAGCAGUAGCAGGUACAUUUACGACGAACAAAUUCAAGGCGGCACCUGUAGUGCAUGCGACGACAGCGCUGGCGGAAGCCGGACCGAAUCCACGUACACGGGCGGUGCUCACGAAUAGUGGAUGUGCCAAUGCCGUCACAGGGAAAGGAGGCUAUGACGAUACCGUGACCUUGGUAAACCAAGUUCGUGCGCUGCUCACCCCAGCGGCGAAGCCCGAUCAGCCAACUACCCCCAGUGACGUAUUGAUGAUGUCUACCGGUGUUAUCGGUGUGCGCUUGCCGGUACCAACGAUGCAGCGCGCUGUGCAUCAUUUGGUUACAGGCCAAGUCUUGCAGAGCAAUGCGGAUGCGUGGUACGAAGUGGCGCGUGCUUUCAUGACAACAGACACUUUCCCGAAGUUGCGCACGCGUCAAUUCACGUUGGGCAACCGGUUGUGCAGUAUUGCGGGUAUUGAUAAGGGUGCAGGUAUGAUUCACCCUCACAUGACAACGACAGGUGGCCUGCAUGCUACACUCCUUGGCAUUUUUGCUACCGAUGCGCCGAUUGCAUCGUCCACUUUGCAACGAUGCUUAGAUGAGGCUGUUCGUGUGUCGUUUAAUUGCAUCAGCGUGGACGGUGAUAUGAGUACCAACGACACGAUACUAGCAUUGGCCAACGGCCAAGCACCCGCUACAUCGGAGGGGGAGCCUAUUGAAGGGGAUAUCACGGAACAAUCACACCCUGCGCUCGUACAACAGUUUGCAGAGGAGCUAAAGUCUAUGUGUAUGGAAAUGGCGCACCUGAUCGUGCGCGAUGGUGAGGGUGCAGAGAAGUUUGUCGAGAUUCGUGUGCGGAACGCUGGAACAUACGAGCAGGCCCAUGCCAUUGCAGCUUCCGUGAGUACAUCAGCUUUGGUCAAGUGUGCCAUGCAUGGCGAGGAUGCCAAUUGGGGCCGUAUUCUUUGUGCCACAGGCUAUGCAAGCUUGCCGACGUCCUCACCCGCUUGGGAUAUCGACCCAAGGAAAGUGAAUGUGACGUUCAUGCCGCCUGCCUCGGCACCGGGGCUCGAGCCGCUGAAGACGUUGAUAGACGGUGUGCCCCAAGUGGUCGAUGAGGUCCAUGCUGCCAAGCUGCUGUCCCAUGAAGAUAUCAUUAUCGACAUGGACCUUCAAGGCGGUUCUUGGGGUACCAAAGGGCAAGCAGAAGCGACCUACUGGACAUGCGACUUUAGUAAGGAGUAUAUCACGAUCAACGGAGACUAUCGCACCUAG